CUAACACACGGAUAUCUGGAGCGUUUCCUGUUGUGUUAACACGCUCGGCUUUGUAGCUUGCCUGUUUUGACUAUCAGGCCAACUUAGCCUAUCUGUAGUAGUAACUAUUUUUUAAACACGUUUUUGAAAUAAAUUCUUCGUGAAGUUAGUAACACACAUCGGCAAAGAUGCCGCGUAUUAUGAUCAAAGGAGGGGUGUGGAGGAACACCGAGGAUGAAAUCCUCAAGGCAGCAGUGAUGAAGUAUGGGAAGAACCAGUGGUCUCGUAUCGCUUCCCUGCUUCACCGCAAGUCUGCUAAACAGUGCAAGGCCCGCUGGUAUGAAUGGCUGGACCCCAGCAUCAAGAAGACAGAGUGGUCUCGGGAGGAGGAGGAGAAACUGCUCCACCUGGCCAAGCUGAUGCCCACCCAGUGGAGGACCAUCGCCCCCAUCAUAGGACGCACCGCUGCCCAGUGUCUGGAGCACUACGAGUUCCUGCUAGACAAAGCAGCCCAGAGGGACAACGAGGAAGACACCGCAGACGACCCCAGGAAGCUGAAGCCUGGAGAGAUUGACCCCAACCCUGAGACCAAGCCUGCCAGACCAGACCCUGUGGACAUGGAUGAAGAUGAGUUGGAGAUGCUGUCGGAGGCCAGGGCCAGGCUGGCCAACACACAAGGCAAGAAGGCCAAGAGGAAAGCCAGGGAGAAGCAGCUGGAGGAGGCCAGGCGUUUGGCAGCGCUGCAGAAGCGCAGGGAGCUGCGCGCGGCCGGCAUCGACGUGCAGAAGAAGAGGAAGAAGAAGAGAGGCGUGGACUACAACGCUGAGAUCCCCUUUGAGAAGAAGCCGUCGCAGGGCUUCUACGACACCAGCAUGGAGCUGUACCAGGGCCUGGAGCCCAACUUUAAACGCCUGCGACAACAGCACCUGGACGGAGAGCUGCGCAAUGAGAAGGAGGAGCGGGAGAGGAAGAGAGACCGACAGAAGAUCAAGAAGAAGAAGGAGUCCGAUCUGCCCUCCGCCAUCCUGCAGACCAGCGGGGUGUCCGAGUUCACCAGGAAGCGCAGCAAGCUGGUGCUGCCUGCACCCCAGAUCUCCGACGCUGAGCUGGAGGAGGUGGUGAAGCUGGGCCAGGCCAGUGAAGUGGCUCGUCAGACAGCUGAGGAGUCCGGCAUCACUAACUCGGCCUCCUCGGCCCUCCUGUCCGAGUACAGCGUCACUAACAGCUCCAUGGGAACCAGCCUGCGCACCCCAAAGACCCCCGCAGCCCAGGACAAGAUCCUGCAGGAGGCCCAGAACCUGAUGGCCCUGACCAACGUGGACACGCCCCUGAAGGGAGGGCUCAACACCCCGCUGCACCAGAGCGACUUCUCUGGAGUCACGCCUCAGAGACAGGCGGUGCAGACGCCCAACACCGUCCUCACCACGCCCUUCAGGACUCCGGGGCCAGGGUCAGAAGGCAUGAUGACGCCCCAGGGCGGGAUGACCCCCAAGGUGGCAGGGACACCCGGACUGACCCCCGCUCGCACCCCCCUCCGAGACAAGCUCAACAUCAACACUGAGGAGCAGCUGGCUGACCCUGCCUUUGCCAAGCACCUGCAGAGGGAGUCGCGGGAGCAGCUGAAGCUGGGGCUGCUGUCACUGCCGCUCCCUAAGAACGACUUUGAGAUCGUCCUGCCUGAGAACGCAGAGAGAGAGCUGGAGGAGGCGGAGACUGACCACGGCUACAUCGAGGACGCAUCCGAGAUAGAGCACUGCAAACAGGCUGCUCGGGAGCUGGAGAAGGAGAAGGAGCUGAAGAUGAGACACACUGCUGUCCAGAGGAGCCUGCCCAGACCAACAGAGGUCAACGAGUCCAUCCUCCGUCCGAGCGGGGCCGAGCCGCUGUCUGAGCUGCAGCAGGCAGAGGAGCUGAUCAAGCAGGAGAUGAUCACCAUGCUGCACCACGACUGCCUGCACCACCCCGCCCCCAGCGGGCCAAGCCAACCGCAGCGCAGCAAGAGCCGAGGCCCCGCCUCCACCUCCAACAACGCCGAGCACAUCGCCUACCUGGACUCGCACCUGUACCAGACAGUCAGCAACGAGGAGCUGGCCCAGGCGGGAGAGCUGCUCAGUGCAGAGAUGGAGGUGGUGCGUGGAGGGAUGGGCCAUGGGGACCUGUCCAUGGAGGCGUACUGCCAGGUGUGGGAGGAGUGCUAUGGCCAGGUGCUCUACCUGUCUGGCCAGGCCAGAUACACACGGGCCAACCUGGCCUCCAAGAAGGACCGCCUGGACAGCCUGGAGAAGAAGCUGGAGGUAAACCGGGGUCACAUGACGUGCGAGGCGCGCCGCGCAGCGCGGCUGGAGAAGCGUCUGAAGGUGCUGCUGGGGGGCUACCAGUCGCGCGCCCUGGGCCUGCUCAAGCAGCACCAGGAGCUGUGGGAGCAGGUGGAGCAGAGCGCCGUGGAGCUGCACACCUUCCACCUGCUCAAGAAGCAGGAGGACAGCGCCAUCCCCCGCAGGAAGGAGGCUCUCAGGGAGGAUGUGGAGCGACAGCAGGAGAGGGAGAAGGAGCUGCAGCAGAGAUAUGGAGACCUGCUGAUGGAGAAGGAGGCACUGCUCACAGCCAAAUACUGACUCUCUCACACACACACACACCGUACACGCGCCUGAAAAUGUCCAUUUGGAGCUGAGAAACUCCGCCUCUGUGUGCUGAUGUCAUAGUGAUGUCGUAGCCCCAGCGUUCUGAGCAUGCCCAGUAGUGUCUUGUUCCUGCUCUUUGUUUCAACUGUCUUUAAAGAUAAAUCCAAUAAAUGUUUCUUUAGAGA